AUGCUCGCCAAAAAUUUACUUCGCGCAAGGCUCACGACCCUCCUCCUUGUCGUCGGAUCGGCACUCUUCCUCAUAUCUCCCGCCGUCGCCGACGAAGCCGCCUCUGUCCUUGCCAAUACAGUCGACUUUCAAGCACCCGUCAAAGACGCACCUCCUUCAGUCGCCGUCACCUCACUUGCCGACCCCGGAAUCACACCCCUAACAGACGCACAGAUCGAAGAGAUCCUGGACGAGCACAACAUGUUCCGUGCUCGACAUCGCGCCCCUGCCCUGGAAUGGGACGCUUUCUUAGCACGCGACGCUGAACGCGCGCUGGGAAAUUGUCGCCCCUUCAGUUCUCGCUCUCGUUACGGGAGGAACGAGUUCACGAGUGUGGAGAUAGACUUCUACCUGGCCGUCGAGACAUGGUAUGCCCAAAUCCAAGGAUACGAUUUCGAAGACCCCUCUCAAUCUACACAGAACUCUGGCACAUUCUCUCAACUGGUUUGGAAGAAUUCGAAACGAAUCGGGUGUGCGGUCAAGGAAUGUUUGUCGAAUGACGAUGGGGAGGACGGUGGGUACUCGUCGUUUGUGCAUUUGUGCGAAUACGAUCCGCCUGGUAAUAUGGUUACCAGGCUUUACACUUUGUACAAGAAGAACGUUCUUCCAGCCAGGAAAAUCUAA